AUGUGGCCGUUUGAGGGUAGAUUCGACUUUUUUGGAUUUCUGAGGCCGAGGGUGGCGCACGGCGAGGCGCCAGCCGCCGACCGGCCCCGGAUGUCGGCGGAGGAGCGGUAUCCUCUCCCCGAGAAGUAUGCGGAGAACCCGGACUUGAUCCCGAAGUACUACGCGUUUCAGUCCAACUUGGUGACCGAUGAAGACCUGCUACCGGGUAUGCUUCGCCAGCUGGAGGUCGACAAGCGUCUGACUCUGCCUACGCGUACUCAUAUACGCUUUCUGAUCACUGCGACCGACGUCAUUCACACGUGGUCCGUUCCAAGUCUCGGAAUCAAGGCUGACGCCGUGCCUGGCCGCCUACAUCGCGUGAACACGUUCAUAAUGCGCGAGGGCGUAUUCUACGGCCAAUGCUCUGAGAUGUGCGGGACGUUGCACGGCUUCAUGCCCAUUGUCGUCGAGGCCGUUGCGCCCGAGACCUAUGCGGCGCAUGCCAAGAAGUACUAUCGCGAUGACUAA